UACCUACCAUAGAAUAUCCACUAUAUACGUACUCAGUUAGUCAAAUUUAAAUCCAUUUCCCCCAAAUCAAAACACGAAACACACACAUACAAACCCUAGAAAAGGCAAACAUGGCGAGACCUGCGAUGCAAUCAACAUCCACCACCACAACAACAAUAACCCUAGAAAACAGCAACACGACACCAGCAUCAGCAACAACAACGUUAACAUUAACCUUAAAUCCAAGGAAGAAAAAGGUCACAUGGAAAGAAGGUACAGUGGACAACGAAUUCCUAGAUAAAAAAAGCUCUAAAAAAUGUUGUAUUUUUCAUAAAGAAAAACCUUUUGAUGAAGAUUCUAGCGAUGACGACGACGAUCGCGAUCAUCAUAAUCAUAAUCAUGAUUGUGGUGGUGGUGAUGGUGGAUUGAAGAAGAAUGAUGACGGCGCAUCAACUAGCUAGGUUAAUUUUGUUAUAUAUAAUCUGAUAUGUAUGUAUAGAUUUAGAUGGAUCUGAUGGAAUUGGAAAUGUAUUCUGAGAUGUAUUCUUGCUGUGUUGAUUGUUUUGUGUUAUUGAUUGACCCGAUAUCGGUUUACUUUC